AUGCUCCCCCUCCGCCCUCUCCACCGUCUCCUCCCCCGCCUCCCCACCCGCCUGCUCAGCACCACCACCACCACCGCUCCCCAGCACGCCCAAGCCCAACAGGGCCGCCCCGUCCCCUCAAAAGACGACAUCAACACCUCCAGCAAAGAGAACACGCGCAGCAGCACCAACGACGAGGUCGCGCACGCGAGCGAGGCCGCAUACGGGAGGGCCACGAAUCCGUUUGAGGAGAAGCAGGUUGCUGAUCGUGAGGAGAAGACAACGAAGCCGGGAUCCCCGCUGGAGGUUUCGCCCGCGAACCCGCAGGUGAGCCAUCAGGGCGAGGAGGACAAGAGCCCCACGAGGGGCGCGAAGGAUGCGAAGAGGACGUCGGGGGGGAGUCGGAAUGCUACAUAG